UUCCAAGGAUUGUCUUCAGUCAUGGCCUUGGGAUUAAAGUGUUCCCACAUGGUCCACCCUGCCUUUCGCAAUUAUCUUGCAGCCUCUAUCAGACCCGUUUCAGAAGUUACACUGAAGACAGUGCAUGAAAGACAACAUGGCCAUAGGCAAUGCGUGGCCUAUUCAGCUGUACCAGUCCACCAUUUUGCUACCAAGAAAGCCAAAGCCAAAGCCAAAGGGAAAGGAAAGUCCCAAACCAGAGUGAAUAUUAGUGCUGCCUUGGUUGAGGACAUAAUCAACUUGGAAGAGGUGAAUGAAGAAAUGAAGUCUGUGAUAGAAGCACUCAAGGAUAAUUUCAAUAAGACUCUCAAUAUAAGGACCUCACCAGGAUCCCUUGACAAGAUUGCUGUGGUAACUGCUGAUGGGAAACUUGCUUUAAACCAGAUUAGCCAGAUCUCCAUGAAGUCGCCACAGCUGAUUUUGGUGAAUAUGGCCAGUUCCCCAGAGUGUACAGCUGCAGCUAUCAAGGCUAUAAGAGAAAGUGGAAUGAAUCUGAACCCAGAAGUGGAAGGGGCGCUAAUUCGGGUACCCAUUCCCCAAGUAAUCAGAGAGCACAGAGAAAUGCUGGUGAAACUGGCCAAACAGAACACCAACAAGGCCAAAUACUCUUUACGGAAGGUUUGCACCAACGCAGUGAACAAGCUGAAGAAAUCCAAGGAUACGGUCUCGGAGGACACCAUUAGGCUAAUAGAGAAACAGAUCAGCCAAAUGGCUGAUGACACAGUGGCAGAACUGGACAGGCAUCUGGCAGUGAAGACCAAAGAACUCCUUGGAUGA